AAAUAUUUUAAAAAAGUAAAAUUAAAUAAGAGACGCCAGCUCAUAAUCUAAUAACUUCCACGUCGUGAUCCUAUGAGUCCUCACAGUACACAACAAAACACUAGAUCUCUUUCCUCUGUGUUAUGAACCACAGUUUCCAUCUUUGCCAUUGCUGAGCUCCCAAUGUGGAAGACGAAUAACUACUUAGCAUUGAGGACAGAUUUUCAAGAUGAAACAACAGCGAAACUGAUUACCUCUGAUCUCAAUGACCUUGCUGUGGCCGCUGAUAACCUCACUCAUCAUGUCAUGACCAUGCUUGGCGUCUCUGGUUCUGGAAUCUCCAUCCUCCAAUUCAUCGCUUCCAUUUCUGCUAUUUAUUUGUUGAUUUUGGAUCGUACGAACUGGAAGACCAACAUUUUCACAACACUACUCAUUCCAUACAUUUUCUUCAGCCUGCCUUCAUUGAUUUUCCCCAUCUUCAGGGGAGAGAUUGGGAAAUGGAUUGCUCUCAUUGCUGUUGUACUACGGCUUUUUGUUCCAAAACACUUUCCUGAUUGGCUAGAAUUGCCUGCUGCUUUGAUUCUUCUUAUUGUUGUUGCUCCUGAUCUACUUGCAAACACCUUUAAAAGCAAUGCAGUUGGGGUUGUAGUGUGCCUUAUCAUUGCAUGUUAUUUGAUGCAAGAACAUAUUCGGGCUUCUGGUGGUUUUAGAGAUUCUUUCACAAAAGCUAAUGGCAUAUCAAAUACAGUUGGCAUAAUCCUUUUGUUAGUCUAUCCCAUCUGGACACUGGUUGUCUAUAUCACUACAUAGGCAUAAUCAUAGAGUGAAAAAUUAGUAUUUAGUCAAUGUAAGUGUAACCAUUUGGCUUAUACGCUGUUCAUUUGAUCGAAACUGAUUUUAGGGACUGACACGUGUCCCUAUAGUUUGUAUGUGUAUAAAUAUGAAGUGAAAUAUUAUCUGAAUACUUUUUUGGCUUCAUUAUUCCUUAAGAAAAUGGUUAAUAUUGCUGUAUGUUCUUAUCUUCUUGUGU